AUAUAGGCUUCUGUUUCAUAUUCUAAAACAGGCAAGUGUGAGAACUAUAACUCAAUUUUAUCAUCGAUCUCAAGGUUCUUUUGAACCUUGUUCUUUCUCUAAGUCAGUGAUACCAGGUUAGAUCAAAUAAGCUCCAGUGGGCAGGGUGUGGAGGAAUGAGCCAAAAUGAAUCAUGCAAUUUUUUGUGUGUCUAGACAUUUGAUAAUUCACCUAAAGCCCAUCUUUGUCAGCUGGUUGUUCUCCAGUGUUUUCAGAACUUUUGUAUAAACCUUGAAUUCUUUCAUUUGCUUGUUCUGUGGGGUUUUUUUGUGAAUCUCAAAGGAAAAAGUACUUUUCUUAUUUUUUAAUUUUAUAGUUCAACUCUGGAGACAAUUCUAAGUGUCUUAGCAUGUGAAGAUUUGAUAGGGGGCUCAGAAUCACAGAUACAAUCUCAAUUCUGUGAGCAGGCAGGUGGGUACAUUCAGUCAAUGAAAUUACACACUGAUAACAUACUCUGAAAAGCUUUCAAUGACAGGGAUGCACCUGCUGACCUAUAUUUUAUGACCUUGAUACCAGCAAGUUGUUUAAAUGAAUAUUUAUGAUGUACAUGAGAAGUAUUACAGACAUAUAGGCUCUGCACAAAGUGGUGUUUUCAUAUGGGUCAGGUUUAGCUACUUUGGGCUCAGCUGAUUCCAACAGAAGCAGAAGGGAGUCAGCAUGGAACUCCUUUGCUCAUGCUCAUUUCUGUCUCCUACCUUCCCAUCACUGGACAUGAACAGAAAAGAUGCUAUUUUGAUGUGGAACUGGGACAGAAAGAAAACCAUUCAUAAUAUCCUGUGGGGUUACUGUGCUCUGUGUCUGGUAACAACGGUUAAUUAGAAAGGGGGGUUUAUAAUCACUUUGUAAAUAACACAGCAAAUAUAGAAAGUAUAAAUUGGUUUUGGUUUAAGUAGAUAAAAGUACAGAAGACUCUUCCAGAGCAAUUUCCUCCAUGCCAGAGAGGAUUAAAUGUACACUUGCAAUAAUGGAAAUUAAUAUGUCCCACAGGAAUCAGUCCUAUUGGAGAUACACAGGUGAGCUGGGAGGCCAAAACGAUAACAUUGCAGAUGUUGCUGUGUUUGGCUGGCAUCAAAAAUCACUCUGUCCCAUCCUCUUAUUGCUGGCAUCAGCUUCAGGACUGAAUGCCUCUCUCUCUUCACAUGGCAACAGAGCAGUGUCUGCAACAGAGCAGAAGACCUCCAGAGGAUGAGCUCCCUGGUCAAUGCCUCACACCUCCAGCUCACUGCCUUCGUUCUGGGUACGGUAGGCUGGAUCUUGUGCACCAUUUCAAUGGGAAUGGUGGAAUGGAGAGUGUGGCACGUGGACAACACCAGCAUCAUCUCCUCUGGCAUUGCCUGGGUGGGGAUUUGGAAAGUCUGCUUCAUCAGUUACCUUCACGUCUCACCUGGCUAUAGAGAACAGUUCUGCCAUAAAUUCAGUGGCUAUGAGUCCUUCGUCCCCCAGGAAAUUUAUGCUGCUCAGGGUCUCCUGUUGAUCGCCAUGUUCGUGGGCUUGCUGGGACUGGCUGCUACAAUAUUUGCUCUGAGAAAUGUGUAUAUGGGAAUCACUCACAAGACUCUUAUUACCCCUUUUUUCCUGGUGGGUGGCUUCUUCUACAUAUUUGCUGGUCUGUGUGUCCUGAUUCCUGUGAGCUGGAAUUUCUAUUCUGUAACGCACAACCGGAGCAUUGCUUUUCCUCCUUCUUAUUACAUGCCCUCCAGUCCAGUGGCUCAGGAAGCUGGUCCUGCAAUUCCUGUUGGGAUUGUGGCUGUCAUUCUCCUGCUGCUAAGUGGGACUUUUUCUCUCUCAUACAGAUUUCCAGGGACCGCAAAUACUAUAACAAAAUCCUGACAGGACAAAUCCCCCGUGCUAUUUCAGAACAAGAGCAUAGUCAAGAGAUAAGGACAGCAGGACGAGUGGUUGUAUAGUUAAGGAACUGCAGAAUUUAAUUUUAUUCUAUAGUAGCUAUUUUCUUAUAUGAACCAGUCGAGUUACCAUCUUAAUGGUCACAUAUGACCAGAGGUUCGUUUUUGAGAUAACUGCUGUUGAGCAGCAACUGUGAUUAAAUUUUGCCAGUUGACCUCUUUUGUAUGUACAAACACUACUGAUUAAUUUAUUUUUUUGUUUGUGUAAACUAUUAACCUUGCUCAAGGAGCUGGCUCUGAAUGAAAUGUCUUGUUAGAAAAACGUGAAAUAACAUAUAUUAAAUGUGAAUUUGUUUGUA